AUGUCAGACGACCAAGAAGUCAAAAUUCGCGGCCCACUGGUCCCGGUAAAAGGGAUUCCCCUUUCGGAACACAUCGCCAACCACUACAGCAAUGUCUUGGCUUUCUGUCCUGAUCCUUCAGACUUGCUCAUUGCCACCUACCCUAAAGCAGGGACCACAUGGGUCCAGGAGACAGUGGAUCUGCUUCUUCACAACGGAAAUAUUGAGAUCUGCAAGAGAGCCUCGACACCCAUCCGAAUGCCUUUCCUGGAGAAUUCCAAGCGACCAGGCAUUCCCUCAGGUAUUGAUCUCCUGAAGACAAUGGACCCCCCGAGAGUUAUCAAAACACAUUUGCCAUUUCAGCUCAUUCCAAAGGGCUUUUGGGAAAACAAGUGCAAAGUGAUCUACGUGGCUCGCAAUGCUAAGGACAACCUGGUGAGCUACUUCCACUUUGAUCAGAUGAAUGUCACCCACCCGGACCCUGGACCCUGGGAGCACUACGUCCAAAAGUUCAUGCGUGGACAGGUUGCAUGGGGCUCCUGGUAUGAUCAUGUCAAAAGUUACUGGGAGGAGCGAGAAAAGAGGAACAUCCUUUACCUCUUCUAUGAAGACAUGAAAGAGAAUCCUCAGCGUGAAGUGGAGCGCAUCAUGAGGUACCUGGACUUGUCCCUUCCUGAUGACGUCAUCAGCCGCAUUGUGGAGCUGACGUCUUUCGAGAACAUGAAGGAGAAUCCAAUGGCCAACUACAGCUUCAUGCCCCGAUGCAUUUUUGACCAAUCCCUGUGUACCUUCAUGAGAAAAGGACAAGUCGGUGAUUGGAUGAAUCAUUUUACGCCAGAGCAGUCAGCAGAGUUUGAUGAGGACUAUCAGAAGAAAAUGAAGCACGUCUAUAUUCCAUUCAGAUCACAUUUUUAAACAGGCUGCUACAUACUACUACUGAAGCUACUCUUGAGAAAGCAUUAUUAUUAUUAUUAUUAAAUGUGACUGAGUAUUAGGGUCUAUGAUUCAAC